AUGUCGGAAAAGCAGGUCGAAGAUAUCGAGGCAAGCCGCCUACCAACCACCUAUUCGGGUCCGGCCAUUGAUGGUACCGUCAAUGAGCCUACCAUUGAGAAGCGCGACUCGAUCGUGCCGUCAGAGGGUGUACCGGAUGACCUCAAAGAAGAACUUGAGCAGGCUCACAUUGAUGUCUAUGCUCCCUUUCCAAUCGACGAAAAUGCAAAAGAAGAAGGAAAUAUCCUGACCAUCCGAGCGUUGUUUGUGGGAUGUGUUCUGGGUGCUUUGGUCAAUGCUAGCAAUGUUUAUCUUGGUCUUAAGACAGGAUGGACUUUUACCGCCAACAUGUUGGGAGCUUUGGGUGGCUUCGCCAUUAUCAAGCUCAUCUCUCUCACCAAGAUCCCAUGGAUUGGUGGCUACUUCGGACCUAUGGAGAACAAUAUCGUUCAGACAACUGCUACAGCUGCCGGUGGUCUCGGAACGAUCUUCGUUUCCGCUGUUCCUGCCCUGUAUCAGAUGAAUCUCCUUUCCAAGAAUCCCGCCGACGACUACUGGAAGCUCAUUUCCUUUACUGCCGUCUCAGCCUACUUCGGAUUUACAUUCGCUGUUCCAUUACGAAAGUUUUUCAUUAUCCACAUCGCCCGUGAACUAAAUUUGGUUUACCCAACUGCCUCUGCCACUGCUUUAACGAUUCGCAGCAUGCACUUGAGUACCGGUGGACUUGAAAGUGCUAAGAAGAGAAUUAAGGGUCUUUCUAUUGCCUUUAUCUUUGCCUUUAUCCAGAGGGUUGUUUCACAGUAUGCCAUUGGUAUCCUCUGGGACUGGCACAUAUUCUGGUGGGUCUACACCUGGGGUGGCAAGGGUGCCAUUGCUCUGGUCAAUUGGGGUUGGUACCUUGAAUGGACUCCUGCCUUCAUCGGUAGCGGUAUGCUCGUCGGUCUCAACGCUGCCUACUCUUUCCUCGCUGGCUCCAUCAUUGCUUGGGGUAUCAUCGGACCAACCCUUGUAGCAUACGAUGCUGCCUUCUGCCAACGGGCAUCUGAAAAUUACCCUGACAUGUGGAAUUGCAACGGGCUUCGUCUCGCCGAUCCUAAGAACGCACCUUCUCCACGUUACUGGAUGAUUUGGCCCGGUGUCCUUCUCAUGAUGGCCGUCAGUUUUGCCGAACUCGCAGUGAACUAUAAGAUCAUCGGAAAGGCUUUUGGCGCUGCCACAACCAUGGGAGCCAAGCGCUUGAAUUCACUCAUAGAACGCCACGGAAAGUCUAACAAAUUCAUUGCCAAGAUCGCAGCGAGGCCAAUUUCUGGUGAUACCAUGCAAGACCCUUCGCCCAAAGAAGACCAGGUGCCAACAUGGAUGUGGGGUAUUGGAUGUGUCGGUGUCAUCAUUCUCACCUGUGUCGUCCUUGGCCUCCAAUAUCAAUUCCCAGUUGGUUAUUCCAUCUUAUCUCUUAUUCUGGGAUUAUUCUUCGCUUUACUCGCUAUCCAAUGCACUGGAGCUACCGAUAUCACUCCUAUCACCACUGUCUCCAAGGCUUCGCAGCUCAUUAUGGGCGGUGUCACUAAAGGCCAAGGAACUGCUAUGCACACCGCUCAGCUUUACAACUUAAUGUCCGGUGCUGUUGCUGCUGGUGCAGCCUCUCAGUCUACCGAUCUGGUAAACGACUUCAAAGUCGGCUUCCUACUCAGGACUCCACCACGUGUUCAGUGGUAUGCUCAGGGUGUUGGCUCCUUCGUCAGCAUCUGGCUUGCUCCUUCGAUCUUCGUCCUCUUCACCAAAGCUUAUCCGUGUAUUGUCGACCUUGAGCUCUCGGACUCCUGCGAUUUCCUAGCUCCAUCAGUCUCUGCAUGGCGCGCGGUCGCGGUCGCCAUGACUGACCCGAGCUUCCCCAUCCCUACCUCGUCCGGAAUUUUCGCCAUCGUCAUUUCCAUAGUUGGUGUUCUUGUUGUCAUCGGUCGACACUACCUCAACUCGACUGGCCACACCAAGGCUGCGAAAUUCAUGCCAAACAUGAUGGUCCUCGGUCUCGGCUUCUUGCUGCCACAGACACAAUAUUCCACUGCUAUGUGCAUUGGCGCUACCAUCGCCUACCUCUGGCAAAAGAAAUGGCCUCUUGGGUUCGAGAUUUAUUGUUUCAGCAUUGCAGCUGGUCUGAUUGCUGGUGAGGGUAUUGGAGGUGUCAUUAACGCUCUUUUCCAAGUCGUCAACAUCUCCGGCAACACCCUUGGAACCAACGUUGGCUGCCCUGAUCAUUCUUGUUAA